GAUAUCUACAAGUAGUCAUAUCUUAUCUUUUACCAUGGCUGCAUAUCUCAGCAAGAUCCGCGUGUCAGAACAUGCCUACAACUCAUACAAGGGGUAUAAGUAAAGCUGUAUACUGUACCUUAUUAUCAGCUUGAAAAUGUCAGACAGUUCAGCAACGUUCUCAGAAGAUGGUCAACGAUGCCAACUGGCUCUUGGAAACAACGUCUUUGUGGUGGCAAAGUUCUGGCAUGGAAAGAUGAAAAUACACAUCAGAGAAUAUACCCAAGAAAGAGGAAGAUGGUUUCCUAUGAAAAGAGGGAUCACAUUAACGUUACAGCGCUGGAUGGAGCUUGUGUCAAACAAAGCUAGAAUUGAAGAAACAAUGGAAAGCGGUGGACUAUUGAAAUGUCAUCUAGGAGGAAAUAUGUAUGCAGAAAUGGAUAAUACAUACCCUGGACUGGACAUACGCAAAUGGUAUUGGUGUGGAAAGCAAAACGUCGUCAAACCUUACAAGCGCCCGGGAAUCAAGCUGGAUGUGGAUCAGAUGAAGCAGCUGUUAAACUGCUUUAUCGUCAUGCCGGACUUUGUGUCUGAACUUUUGAACGUUGUGCCCUGCUACAUGCAGAAGGAUCACAUGAACCAGUUUGGUUAUUUUAUGUGUCCAGAAUGUAACCCAAACGGCCUGUCCGUAUGGGGUCCUACUCCUGUGUAACCUGUACUUGUGCAUAAUGUAUAUAAACUUUGUUUUAUUU